CCGUGGCAGCCGGGGGCAGACACCCCAGCACGCAGUGUUCUCCGCGGUGGGGCAGCCGAUGCAGCCCUUCCCUGCGUGGCAGCAGGAUUGGGCCCCCGCACCCUGUGGGACACCCCUUCGCCCCAGGAAAUUUGGCAGCCUACGGGACACGUGGGGAUCUGCCUCAAACCUUGUCCCUUCCCCCUGGGAAUCUCCUCCUCGCUCCCAGGAGCCCAAGGGUGACUCACGCGGCGCCGGCGUUUCUUGCACCCAGCGAUGCGCUCCUGCCACGGGCAAACACCGACCGGCAGCAGCGCCGGCCUCGGCAGAGGGACCCCCCCCGCAGGUAAGCGGCAUGAAAACACUCCUCUGCUGCAGCCCCCGGCCCUGGUAAGGUGGGGCUAGGGCUGAGGAAGAUGCAUCUGCCACACGCCGCAGAGCCCGACCCGACGUCAGGGUGAUGGGUGCACCCUGCGCUGCUGCUGGAAGUGUGCACGGGGAAGGAGAAAUCUGAGGGUCGCGUGUGUGUCCCCGGGGAUUGCCCCGGUGAGACGGGAGCUGCCGGCUCCCGUGGGACGUACGUGCCCCCGGAGCGUCUGCAGCCACCUCAGCCCCGGGAGCAGGCGUGCUGCACGGGCCAGGCUGUGUGGAGCAGUGGGAUGUGUUCACCCCCAAACGCGCUGCCAGCGAGGAGGUAUCUUGUUAUGUUACUGAUAGAUAAAACGUUUAAGGAGAGUUGGUGCCAAAUGCGGCCCCGGGAGUCCUGCUCAGCUGCAGCCCUGUGCCACGUGGGGUGUGUUUAUGCAGCGUGAUGCAAUCCAGCUCCUCGGGGUCGUGGUGCUGGUACGCGCUGAGCUCAGUCUGAGCUGAUGGCAAUGGGUUAUUGUGGCCGCCCAGCCCUGGGCCAGCACCUCGGCACUGCCUGGGGCUGUGCAGCCCCCCCCAGCUCACCCACUGCCUCUGCUCCGCGGUGUCCUCUCGCCACGCUGUGCCAUGCCCGGCGUGGCCUCUCCCGGCGCGUGGGCACGGCGCAGGUCGGUGCAGGGUUCCUCCCGCGCUGCCUGGGCGGGAGAGCAGAGGCGACGGCAGAUUCCAGCGAUGGGAGCGGACGUGGCAGCGGAGCCGCAGAGCUGCCGGAACCGGCAAGCUUUGGCGGGACCCCGCAGAGGGGGACGGUGCUCUGCAGAGACACGUCGCCCAGACCAGGUCUGUGCUGGGGCACGUGUCAGUGCGUGUCCCUGCGUGUGACAAAGGCCACAGACAGUCCCCGAGGCCACCGAGGCUCGCUAAGGGGAUCGGGGCACCAUGAACUGGGAGGUGUUUGAAGGGCUCCUCAGCGGGGUCAACAAGUACUCCACAGCCUUCGGCCGCGUCUGGCUCUCCCUCAUCUUCAUCUUCCGCCUGCUGGUCUACGUUGUGGCAGCCGAGCGGGUCUGGAGCGAUGACCACAAGGACUUUGACUGCAACACGCGGCAGCCGGGCUGCGGGAACGUCUGCUUCGACCACUUCUUCCCCGUCUCCCACAUCCGCCUCUGGGCCCUGCAGCUCAUCCUGGUGACCUGCCCAUCUCUCCUGGUCAUCAUGCACGUGGCCUACCGGGAGGCCAAGCAGCAGAGGCACCGUGCCGCCGGCGGGGAUGACUGCCGCCACAUCUACCUCAACCCGGGCAAGAAGCGGGGGGGGCUGUGGUGGACCUACCUGCUCAGCCUUGUCUUCAAGGCUGGCGUGGACGUGGUCUUCCUCUACAUCUUCUACCACUUCUACAGGAACUACACCCUGCCCCGUGUGGUGAAGUGUGAGCUGCCCCCCUGCCCCAACGUGGUGGACUGUUUCAUCUCCCGGCCCACCGAGAAGAACAUCUUCACCCUCUUCAUGGUGGUCACCGCCUGCGUCUGCGUCGUGCUGAGCCUUGUCGAGGCCGCCUACCUGAUCGGCAAGCGGUGCCACGAGUGCCUCCUGGCCGGCGGUGGGGAGGGCCGCCGGCACAGCCAAGACGGCACGCUCUCCUGCGCCGAGCCCGCAGGCACGGGGGGGCAAGUUUUCCAUGGGGCAGACUACAAACCCCCCACAGCCUCCAUCCCCCCCACGGCCUCCAGCCCCGACACGCUGCCUGAGGAGGAGGUGGCUCUUCCCUAGAUCUGCCCAGGGGAAGGCAGAAGCUGCUCACCUGCCCUGCACCCUCCUCAUCAUCUUCAUCCUCCGUCCCCCCGGUGCAGGAGCGCUGGAGGUGGCUGCACCUCGGAGUCGGGCUGUGCCCAAGGGCUCUCUGUGUCUCCCGUCCUGGGGAAGGCACGUUACAUUGUUCUGCUGAAUUUGGGGUAAAGCCGGUGCUGUAGGACACGUGCAGUCCCCGAGAGCCAACAGGGACAAGCAGCUCCGCGGCGGCUGUGGACCGGCAGCGGUAUCUGGAGGUCGAGCCCGUCCCAGCUGGGCUGGCUUAGCUGGUCCUGAGGGUAUCCUUGCAAUGAAUAAA